CACGGUCCUUGGAUCGAAGUCCCCCGCGGGGUUUGGGGAUUGUGGCACCUUCUUGCAACCAGCUGUUCUGAAAGGACUUGUGUCGUCAGCUGGACAGUGCCAGCAACCGACCCCCCCCCCAGGUUACCUGGCCCCAGUGACUCGUUGCCCCAGGAUUUUCCUGGCCCUGCGACUCUGCACGACCCAGCCCCACCACCUUUAGCCCUGUGUGCCCCUUGCUCUGUGGCUUGUUUCUGAAUUUCAGGAUCGCACUGAAGGACGAGCUAUUUAACUGUACUGAUUUUGGACGCGUGUCCCUUGAUUUCUCACCUCUUUCCCUCAGGGCAUAUAUUUUCUUGGGUCCUGUUCUCUAGGGCAUGGGUUGGAAUCUGAAUACCUACCUAUUCUCUGACGACCUUACCUUCUCUGUGAUGGAACCUAGGAAAUGCAUGCUAGGGAGGUGCUCCGUCGCGAACCCAGCUCCCACAGAACAGGAAUGUCAAUGGCCUUGGGCUGAGAAUCUAGGUGUCUCUGAAGAGAUGUAAUCUUGAGUUCUCCUGGGAAAUCCUCAUGAGGUAUUACUUCCAGAAGGUCCAAGGGAGGAACUCUAUUCCCUGGAAGCUGGAAAUGGGCACAGCGUGACCAAACCAGAGCUCAUCUUUGAGUGGGAGCUUCGAUUUGGAUCAUGGACCACAGCAGAAGCCACAAUUGGAUGCGUGCCUGAAUCAUCUUGAUCAAGAGGCACUCAUGCCAUCUCUGUUCCCAGUGACAUGCUGCUGCCUUGAGGACCAUAGUGAGGACGCUGGGUGUCCUGGAACCUGGAAAUGGUGUUGGUGUCAUUUGAGGACGUAGCUGUGGACUUCACCUGGGAGGAGUGGCAGGACCUGGACGCUGCUCAGAGGACCUUGUACCGGGACGUGAUGCUGGAGACCUACAGCAGCCUGUUGUCCUUGGGGCACUGCAUGGCCAAGCCUGAGUUGAUUUUCAACUUAGAACGGGGACUUGGACCACAGAGCACAGCAGGAGCCUCAGUCUGGAACCUCUCAGAACUGAAGAUUCAUGAGGAAAUCCACCGAGGGGCAAAGUCCUAUGAAUGUGAAGUAUGUCUGGAAGCAUUUUACCUGAAGCCACAGUAUAGCACAAAGCAGAGAUAUCACACAUGCGAGAAUCCAUAUGACUGUAAGAAAUGUAGAGAAGCUUUCUAUUCUGAGUCUACCCUCAGUCAGUAUCAGAGGCUUGAGAGAGGUGAGAAACCCCAUGCCUGUGUAGAGUGCGGGAAAUCCUUCUACUGCAAGUCUCACCUCACUGUGCAUCAGAGGACCCACACAGGUGAGAAGCCUUAUGAAUGUAAAGACUGCAGGAAAGCUUUCUACAGCAAGUCCCAGCUCAAUGUGCACCUGAGAAUUCACACCGGUGAGAAGCCUUAUGAAUGUAAAGACUGCAGCAAGGCUUUCUACCGAAAUUCUGACCUCACCGUACAUCAGAGAACUCAUACAGGUGAGAAGCCCUACGAAUGUAAAGUCUGCAAUAAAGCUUUCUACUGCAAUUCACAGCUCACUGUACAUCACAGGACUCAUACAGGCGAGAAGCCUUAUGAGUGUCAAGUCUGCAAUAAAGCUUUCUACUGCAAGUCACAACUCGCUGUACAUCACAGGACUCAUACGGGGGAGAAGCCUUAUCAAUGUAAAGAAUGCAGGAAGGCAUUCCAGUGUAGGUCAGACCUCACUCGACAUCAGAGAACUCAUACUGGCGAAAGGCCAUAUGAAUGUCCUGAGUGCAGGAAAGCUUUCUACCGCAAGUCAGACCUCACAGUACAUCAGAGGACACAUACAGGUGAGAAGCCCUACGAAUGUAAAGAGUGCAGGAAAGCUUUCUACUGUAAUUCACAACUUACUGUACAUCAAAGACAACACACAGGCGAGAAGCCUUAUGAAUGUAAAGACUGCGGGAAAGCUUUUCAGUGCAAAUAUGAACUCACUCGACAUCAGAGAACACACACAGGUGAGAAGCCUUAUGGAUGUAGAGAAUGCAAGAAAGCUUUUUACACCAAGUCAGAUCUCACUCGGCAUCUAAAAACUCACACAGGGGACAAACCCUAAAGAUAUAGAGCACAGUAAUACUUAAUAAGUCAGUUCUUAACUAGCAUCAGAGAUCACACAUAAAAACGUUUUACCAUAAAAUUAGACUUCAUCUCAGAGAAUUCCUACAAAUUUAAGAAACCAUUGAUGUAAGAAAGGUCUGUAGCUCAUCUCCAUGUAUAGACUGAUUAGUUUAGGGAAUGUGAAAAGACUCUGUGGGCAAAACAUCAUUUAGUAUAUACAGGUGAAUUUCCCUUUGAAUAUAAAGAAUACUAAAGCACUUUUUUUCUUAAAUUAUAAAGCACAUUCAAUGGCAGGAAAUCUCAUCCAGACUUUAUCGCUAUAUAUGACAUGGAAAAUGUUGAUACCUAAGUCAUGCCUCAGUCUCAGAAAACCUCAUAAAGUGUAGUAGCACACAGCAAAUAAUUUAGCCAGGCCUGGCUUUGCAUUCUGACCCAUGUGAGUGAUCUUGGUGAGACUCAUUUGGACUUGAUGUUUAACAGCACAGCAAGAUUCGAAAUCAAGACAGAGGAAAUCUCCACAUGGAGGUGCUCAGCUUUAAUACUGGCACUCAGGGGGCAGUGUCAUAUACAUCAGUGUGAGUUGUGCUGACCUCUUCAAAAUAGUGUGUUCUGGGCCAGCUAGGGACUACAGUUAAAUCCUGUCAUGAAAAAAGUGAGAAAAUGUUAAAUGGCAAUAAAACCCAUAAGAAAGAAUAUAAAGGAUCUUUGAAAUAGUACUUGAAACUCAACUGACAUCAGAAACACAACAAAGGCCGGGCAGUGGUGGCGCAUGCCUUUAAUCCCAGCACUUGGGAGGCAGAGGCAGGUGGAUUUUGGA